UAAAUUUCACAAGUUGUUUUGGUUUUAGGCGGACAAAAAUUAUAAUUUUAUUGAAUUUUUGUAAAUGAAAUAUUUUCAACAUAAAAAUUAAAAAAUGUCUUCAUGUACAGCAGCUGAAAUCGCUGAGAAAAAAAGAAUUGCUUUAGAAAAAUUGAAAGCGAAAAAGGCUCAACUUUCUACAAAUUCAAAUAAUAAUCCCAUUAAACCUGCAUUAAAUUCAGGCAGUAAUGUAAGUUCUAUCCAGCAGAACAACAAUAACAACAACGUCCCAAAGUUGACACCUACACCACCAACGACAAAUUCUUUCUCUCAGCCAGCAGGACGUGUGGAAAAUAAAGCCUCUGCAUUUCUAAGUGCUUUGAAAGGCAGUAAUGUUUUUGUGCAACGACAACAACAGCAGCAUUCAGCUAGAGAUGCAGCUCAUCCCUAUAAAAGGCCAUCGACUGAUGGAUUACCCAAUAAAGAUGCUAAUAGCUUUUAUAAAAAAUCAAGCACCGUUGAUUAUAGCGACAAACCUAAAGGACCCAUAUUAAAUACAGUCUCUACUACCCCACCACAGAAACCAACAGCUUCUAUCUUUGUUAAAAGUGUUACGUGCAAAGUGGCCAUGAUAACACCUGCACGUUUUGAAGUACAACCAUCUAGUUUUCAUGCCAAACUUAUUGAUGUUUUUAAAAGUAUUCCCAGCAAAUCUUAUGAUCCCAAUUCCCGCUAUUGGAAUUUUGCCUUAACGGAUUAUAAACUAUUACAGGAGCGCAUAAAUCCUUUAAAACCAGACGUUGUCAUUGGUGUUAUUCCCAAAGCAGUGCUGAAUUUGUGUCAAGCUCCGCCAAGAAUUAUAAAUAAAACAUGUUUAGAAUCGAUAGAACCUAAAUUGGCGGAAAAAUUGAUGCCUUUUCAGCAGGAUGGUGUAUGUUUUGCCAUUGCCCAACAAGGACGCUGCAUGAUAUGCGAUGAGAUGGGUUUGGGCAAAACAUAUCAAGCAAUUGCUGUUGCGGAUUUCUAUCGUGAUGAUUGGCCUUUAUUCAUUUGUACCACCGCAUCGACACGUGAUUCGUGGGCUCAACAUAUUCGAGAUUUACUACCAGCCGUGCCCUUACAUUAUAUACAAGUUUUGAAUUCCAAUCAACAAUAUAUUGGUGAUUGUAAAGUUCUUAUCACAAGUUACAGUAUGAUGGAACGUAAUGUCAAUCAAUUAAUGGAACGUAAAUUUGGUUUCCUUAUCUUCGAUGAAUCUCAUAGUUUAAAAAAUUCCAAAGCUAAAUGUACAAUGGUAGCAGAUCGUUUAGCACAACAGGCUAAACAUGUUUUGCUACUAUCGGGAACACCAGCCCUGUCUAGACCUUUGGAACUUUUCAGUCAAUUACAAAUGGUUGAUAGGAAAUUUAUGGGUUUCAUGGAUUUUACUAGUCGUUAUUGUGAUGGCAAACAAACAAAUUUUGGUUGGGAUGCUACGGGACAAUCAAAUCUUAAGGAACUAAAUGUGGUGUUAAAUCUUAAAUACAUGAUUAGAAGAACCAAAGCCGAUGUACUCAAAGAUUUAUCAGAGAAAUUUAGAGAAACAGUGGUUUUAGAUCCUGCCUUAGUUUGGCCCAGUGAUGAGGUUAAGGAGUCCUUAAAUGCUGUAGCCAAAAAUUUACAAACCUGCAAAGCUGCAGACCGAGAAAGAAUUCUAUUGAGAUUUUAUGCUGAAACAGCUGAAGUUAAAAAACGAGCUGUGUGUGCUUAUUUAAAGGAAUUAGUUAAAGGACCAAAGAAAUUUAUAGUUUUUGCUCAUCACCGCGUAAUGAUGGAUGCCAUAAGUGAAUGUUUAACCAAAUUGAAAGUAAAAUUUAUACGUAUCGAUGGCAACACACGUAAACAAGAAAGAGGGGAAUUCAUAGAAACAUUUCAAAAGAAACCCUCAUGUAAAGUGGCGGUAUUAUCCCUGGGAGCCUGUAAUUCCGGUAUAACAUUAACAGCUGCCGAGUUAAUUAUAUUUGCUGAAUUAACCUGGAAUCCAAGUACCUUGGCACAAGCCGAAAGUCGCGCUCAUCGUAUUGGCCAAACAAAUCCUGUUACGUGUCGUUAUUUAAUGGCCACAAAAACAGCCGAUGAUCAUAUAUGGAAUAUGUUGAAAACUAAACAAGAUACUCUUAAUAAAGCUGGUCUUUUCUGUGAUAAUCUACAAGAUGCUACCCAUACAGCUGCACCUAUUACGUCAAAUAAAAUUGAAAAUUACUUCUCACCCACAAAAGAAGCUACAAAACAGCAAGAACUUUCAGUUUCUUGUGGCAAUGAGAAAUCACCCGCUGCUGUAACGAAUACAAGUCAAAAUUUAGACAUAAGUAAAGAAAUUGAAAAUAUUGAUGAAUUUUUCCUAGAUGAAGAUGACGAUGCUUUUAAAGAUAUUGUAUGUUGAAAACUUCUAACGAUUUGUAUUUUAAAAAUAAUUAAUAAUUUCAAUAUAAAAACAUUAAACAUAAGAAUGUA